AUGACCACUAAAAAGCUACACUACUUCGACUUCAGCAAGGAUGCCCGCUCUUCCGGGGUAUCCACGAUGUCCCCUGUGCGUGCUUUGCCAGCCUCCUGGUACACCUCUGAGAAUAUGAGAUGGCUUUUCCUGACGCACAGCUCGCCCGGAUUCGAUAUCCUUAUUACACGCGAUAGCGAGGGAAAUGUUAAUGCCUCCCCCAAGGACCAAGAUAAUGUCCUCCUAGUCCAUGUUAAGAUCGACGUUAAUGGGUUUAUCUGGAUCAAUCUGGGUGCAAAGGAGACACCCGAAGUGGCAUGGGAGGAACAUUUCCGGGAUAUUGACAAGCAAGAACGCCAUACGUAUUCGAUAGACGGUCAUUAUAGCUGGAAGAUCCUCGCCGAUAAUUUCAACGAGUGCUACCACUUUCCUAACUCUUACCUCCUUCGACAGUAUCUCAAGGAUGGACAUAUCCAGCAUCGGUGUGUCUCGACUCCGGAGCAGAUGGAGAUGGGCCUCAAUACUGCUAGCACCUACUACUUUCCGAUGACUGCCAUGGUUGUUUCGAUACAAACAUUUCCACCCAAUGGCCCUAGCAGCUUCAAAAUAUCCUAUGAGAUCUACCGGAACAAGAAGUCCUCUGAAGCCGAUUUCCGACUUAUCAGUGACACGUAUGCGCGGGUUGUAGGUGAAGAUAAAGCCCUGUGUAUCGGUGCGCAGAAGAACCUAGAACGAAAUUUCUUUACCAAUGGUGCACUACACCCUACGUAUGAGAAGACGCCGAUCUUCUUCCAGAGCACAGUUCGACAGGUCAUCACUGAGCAUUUUGACCGUGAAAAGUCCGAAGGUCACGAGAUAUGGCCAGCGAAACGGAGCUUGCCAACCAAUGCAUGA